UUCGUGCUGGAUCUGUCUCCGGUGGAGGUAUGGUUUCGCGCGUCCGCGACGCUCUGUGUUUCUAACCCUUCCCAGGUACCUGUUACAGAACGUACAGCCGAGGGAAAAAGUACAGUGAACCUAGUCUCGCUGGGGCGUCCGGAGUCGCCAUUAGAAAAACAGCAGGAAGUCGAUAGUUAUAACGGACUGUGCGGACCUAUCUCAACGCAGAUGGAGUAGAAGUGGAACAAAAUGAUGGAGAUAGGAGGAGGACCAUUGGUGUAAUAGACGACCGUAGGUCGUCCGGAAUUCCUGGAUCAUCCGUACCCGCCUUCGAUAAAGACUUCCCGAUAUAUUCAAGAUGACGAUAACGGCGUCCACCGAGAAGAUGGAGACGACGAAGGACUUGCCGAGAAAGAAGUUUAUCAAUACUAAUCUCCUAUCGCUGAAGCUCUUAUUAUUCCUCUUUUUCGGAGGAAUGGGCUGCCUCUUCCCGUUUCUACCAUUGCACAUGAUGGAAAUGGGCCUGAGCAUCGACCAGAUACGAAUGAUCUCGAUGAUCUCGCCGGCGGUGGCCAUAUUGGGACCCUUGAUCGCUGGACCGAUCGCGGACAAGCUGGCUGGCCAUCAGGGACGAAACGACAAGUCGUCGACGGGUCGUUACCUCAGGGUGAUGAUCGCCAUCGCCUGCGUUUUGUCCGCCAUUUUCUACGCUUUCCUAUUAAUAAUACCGGCCGUCGAUCGCGUCGAACACCCGAGGGAACGGAAACCACAUCUCCAGUUCAACUGCGAUCAAAUAGGCGCGGUCGUGGUGCAAGAGGGAUGCAAGGAUCGCGGAACGUGUCACAGAUGGUCCGACGAGACCAGGGUCGGACCCUUGCUUCUCAAGGGUUGCAACUACGCUUGCCAUCCCGUAGGGUCCAAACUAUGGCGAACCGAGGAUUCGGGGGGUUCCCUCGCCUUUGGGACCACCGAUUCCGAUAUCGGUGUUCUCGAUGGCAGCGGAGAAUCCGCGGUUAUCCCUCUCGAGAGCGAAAUGUACGCGCAGGAACCGGAGGAUACCAGGAAGAUGCAAAGGUUCGCGAUGGAUGAAAACGAACCGCCACACCUGUGCUUCAAAGAGGGUGAUAACGUAGUGUGUCACGUCUACACAGAGUACUCGGGCACAUUGGCCGUAAACGCCACACUGGGACAGGCUUUAAACAAAAACGGCAGCGAUCAAGGAUUGUGUGUAUACCCCGUGGUCGAGUACUUUACUUGUCGAAUACCCCCAGAACUGAACGCCAGAAUGGCAGAUGUCUAUGAGACCUGCUCCAUCAAAUGCGACUUGGUUGAUCCGUACACUCUUCCAGACAGCGUUCUGGUAGAGAGCCAGUGUCAGAAAGCGGACGAGGACUGGUCGCACCUGGUGUUCUGGACGUACUUGGCCAUUCGAUCAGCCGCUGAUAUAUUCCCAACGACAGCCGUGGCUUUGAUCGACGCUGCUGUGGUGAUAGCCACCAGGGAAACUUCCUGCGGACGCGGCGACGUGGGUCGUCAGCUGGCCUUUGGUUCUCUUGGCUUCGCAAUCUUCGGCCCUCUGACUGGCUACCUGUGCACAUUGAUAGAUAACUUGAAUUCCUUCUACUAUCUGCCAAUCGGUUUGCACGCCGGUUUUAUGCUCCUGGCGGCUCUGGUCGCCCUAUGCGCCAAUGGGAUGCCUCUAAGUCCGCCGGAAUGGUGGUGGCACACCAGAAGCGGCAUGCUAGCGCUUCCCAUGAGCGCCAUCAAGAGAUACGGCAGCGAAACUGCCGCUUUGGUGAUCGUCCUGAUAGUCAUGGGAACCUUCUGGAGCGCCAUGGACAGCUAUCUCCCAUUACACUUGCAGAAAUUGGGAGGCAACGAGCUUCCUAUUGGCGUGGCCAUGACCGUGGGGGCGGUCCCAGCAUUCUUAUUCCUCUGGAAAUCCGAACAUCUCGUCGAUUAUUGUGGCCACAGUAAUCUCCUUAUCACUGCCUUCACUGUGUAUAUUAUUAGGUUUACUGGACUGAGUCUCGUCGCGGGAGCUUGGUGGUCCUUAAUUUCCGAGGCUCUCGAGGUCUUCACUCUAGGAAUUAUGUGGGUCACUGCCAUUCUUUAUCUCAGACACUUGGUCCCGCGUCACUUGACCGUGACUGCUCAAGCGCUACCUGUGAUUGCGCACUUCUGCGUCGGUCGAUGUAUCGGAGCCGUGAUCGGUGCUUACAUAAAUGUCGACGACACUGACAUCGUCGACUCGUUGCGAUUCGUUUAUCGUUGCAUGGCAGUCGCGGCCGCGGGAGUAUCUGCCUUGUAUUUCGUCUUAUAUCACGGCCUAUUGAAGCCACGGUGUCAUGCACACACUAUACAGGGUCCACGACAACCACCCACCGUUGUGCAAGCGAUGAACGGAAACGGGAAUUACACGCCGCUCAGGGUCUACCACAACGGAAUGGGCAGGAAAGGUCAAUUCCGCUAUUGAAGAUUAGGAGAAAGGUCAAUUCUAUUAUCGAAGAUUAGGAAAGAAAAAGAGACGGAUCGUUGAACGACAGUUUAAAUGUCACGUUACGGUGCUAGCGAUUAGGGUGUCGCUGUUGUUACGAUUUGAAAGAAAAUGAAAAUGGUUAGGCGAACACGCUGUAAAAUUUCCAAUGGCGCCUUUAGCGUUAACUUCUAACAAUUUUCACUGGCGUCGACGAUAGUCGUAGUCUUUGAUACUAUCAUCAUUUCUUCGUACAAACAGUCACUAAGGAUUUAUUUUGCUCAGGUGUACUUUAAAGCGUCGACACGAGCCUCUACAUUUACCAGUACCGAAAUGAGAUUACGAGCCAAGAAGGUGGAAGUACUCGAAUUUCGAACCAAGCUCGCGCAAAUUUUUUUUAAUUAUUCUCAAUCGUCUCGAAGCGACCGUCGUAGUUGUAGAUGUCGAUCAUUAAUGAUAAUAAAAUAAUGAAAUCGAUGAUAUCGCGAGUGCAAUGACUGAUCACAAGCAAACGUCUAUUAUAAGUAUACGAAUAUUGAUAGAAAUCAACGACGACAACGUAGACAUUGGUCAAUUUUUAACCUGUCUGGCAAAGAGAAAUUUUUUAAUACGAAAUCGUUUACCCCGGAGACCAUAUUACUAUUAUUUUUCAAACAGAUAUUUCUGCUUAUCUUUCCCAACUUUACCAUUAUCUCUAGAAUAAAUAAUCGUGCACUUUGGAUUCCUUAAGAGCUGUAAAAAAAUUCCGUCGCCAGCCAGGCCCAAAGUUGAGUAAUCUUUACCACAGUUCUUUGCUACUUUGUUUAUUUUGUUUGUACACGAUGAUUCGAAUAUUCAAACAUUUGCGUUCUUGGAUGUUGUACUUUCAGAUACUCCUCGAUGAGAAAAUAAGAAAAAAAAAAAAGACAAGAGACAAUGAGUGGCAAAGGAUCGAAGAUCUUUGCUUGGCUCAUCAUUCCUGAGUACUUGUACCUAUGUUUGUAACGAUAGCAACGUUGUACUACACGAUCACUACAACGAUUCUAAAUGUAACAUAUUUGUAAUGCUUUUUCAUUCUCAUAGUCUUUGUAUUCUUUGUAAGUGUACAAGUAUUAUUUUCGAACUUGCGAAACGGUACGAACCUGUUUCGUAACUGUUUGAUUUUUUUUUUUUUUUUUUUUGUAUAUUAGACUGCGAUCACGUAAGCGUUGCGUAUUCAUACUGUUUUUAAGAAAAAGAAUUUCUACGGGCCUGUUGUAUCGUAUCUGUACAGAGUGUUCCACGCAAUUGGGAACAAUUGUGUCUUUAGAAUGAUUAGAAAGAAUCUCUGAUCGUUUCAAAGACACGAUUAUCUCCCAUUUUGCGUGGGUCAGCCUGUACACUGAGGAAUAAUCGUCUCUCUAUGUAGGAUAAGACUUUACCUGACAGAUAAGAGAAAGUAAUAUAUUGAAUUGUGGGAUCGAUGUGUAUACACGAAGGAAAAAAAGAGAAAUAAAUAAAACUGAACAACAAAAAAUAGGGUUUGGAUACAAUGUUACAAUUUAUGGUAUAUUAUACGUAAUAAACACCUAUAACGCUAACAAAAAUUAAUAUUCAACGAACAUGGAUAAUGGAAAAGAACACUUGGAUGUUUCAUAGAACGGUUGUCACUGUCUUUGCAUUUUAAAAAUAAUCGUAAACGCGACCGACUCUCUACAAAAUUAUCUCCCUUUUCAAAUUUCUAUUCGACGAUUUUUAAUAAGCUAACGACCCGCCGAAUUUUCAGUCGAAACAGUUAGACAUCUGCUCGUAAAGUCUACGUGUACAAAAAAAUAAUGACUGUGUUCUCGACAGUUUGUAAUAAAUUUAUUGGAGUAGAUUUCGAUUCACCUGAUAUCAACAGACGAACAUGCGACUAUCAUGGAAAUGUUCGCUUGCUACAGUUCGAAAUACAUUGUUAGGCUAAAAGUAAAUUAUCAUGGACCAUAGAAAACAGCGACCAUCAACGUACCUUUAGGGCCAUCUUUACCAUUUCAUGGACAUUCGUUCAUUCACACCUAUUUAUACAUAAUAUUACCUAGACGAUUGUAGGUAUUAAUAUUCGAUAGUCGUAUUUAACAUAUUUAUAUAAACUUCAGAAUCGUAUCGUUCUUAAUCCGCGCGUUAAACGUCCCUAUUUUUCUGAUCAACGCCCCGCUCGAAUGCACCGCGAGACUCUUCGUUUCAGGAAAUACUUUUCUUUUCUUUUCUUCUUCCAAAGUGUGUGCAGUCUUACAAGAAUAACAUUAAAUGACGGAUGAAUCAUGAGCAUAAAAAAUUGUAUCGAUGACAAAUCGGGCGAGGGGCCUCUUCGUCCCGUGAAACGACCACUAAUUAAUGUCAAACGCUUACCUAAAAUUAUCGAAAGAAGUUACUAAAGCUUAAUAUCUUUUUACAUCAUUCUACAUUACACAAUGCACUGUACAGACAAGGAGGUCGUUGGGCAAACUUCAUAUUUGCACGUAGAAAAAAAAAAGAAAAAAAAAAGAAACCUCGUCGACAUUCUUACGCUGACUAUCAAUAUAUGUAUACGUAAUGCUUUAUAGUUACUUCCAAUAAGUAUUACUUAGUCGAUUAACAAGUACGUUUCAAUAAUCGUGAAACGUACGUGUCGAAGAACCGUCGCGUGGUCGAUUGG